AUGGACCGCUUCCGACUGGACGGCGUGGAUCACGACGGCGUGGACACUGUCGAGCCCAUGCGCCCGAGCUCGUUCGACAUGACGUUUUCACUGGGCAGUUACCCGCACGCGCAAGGAAUGAGCCGAGAGAGCGAGUCGCAGCCCGAUCCCAAGAGCCAGGACAAGAAGGUCGACGUGACGAGCGACGGUGCCAGGCGGCAGGACAGGGGGCAGAAGGGAAGACUCCACGUGGACGAGCUCACGGACAGCGCGCGGUCGCAAAAGGUCGACACGAGCGGCCUCGACCCGUCGGUCGACCCGUCGGCGCCCAGCCCAGCAAGCUCGUCGCCUGUGUCCACGUCGGUGCACAAAGACGCGGCGACCAUCGCCGUGAGACUGGAGGAGAAGGCCCACGAAGCUAUUGAUACCGCCAACUUGUGCGGCAGAAUGUCGUGGAAAUUGGCCAAGCGCACACAAGACGUGCACGUCUAUCGCCCAGCGACGCUCCCGUCAGACGAAGACGCGUCCACGAAGCUGUAUUUUCGCGUGUCGUGCGAAGUCAAGGCGCAUCUCGGCACGAUCAUGGAAUACUUGACGCCCAGCAACUCGAGGAACUACUUUGACAUUGAGUCGCAGGUCUUUCCAGGACUGCUGCACGCUGCAGUCAUUAAGCGCGUGGAGCUCCCGGAACGCGCGCCGUCGUCCACGACCAAUUCUGGACAGACCCUGCAGUUUCCGUCCGGUGCCUCGGCCACUACGACUGCAAGUGAUAGUCACGAUGACACGUCUAGCGUGGGUGACGAAGCGAGUGAAGUGUUUCCGCAUUUACAAGUCAAGUGGCAUGCGAGUCGUUUCGCCGGGCGAUUUGUGAAGCCCGUGGAUUUCUUUUUUGUCGAGUACGCGAACAUCGAAACGAUGGCCGACGGCAAAAAGCGCGGAUACGGCUACAUCCGGUCGGUGGAGUCAUUUAAAGGCGACGAGCUGGCGAUUCGACUUGCAGGAGAAGACGUGGUCAUUCCUUCGAGUGUUGCUAAGUGCAAGCGUGCUGUGAUUAAUAAAGGCGUCUACGUGGUUUCACCCUCGGAUGAUGCUUCAGGCACAUAUAAAGUGACUUGCAUGAUGGUGAUUGACUUUCAGAAGCAAUUUGCGGCCUCGGUGGGGGCAAAAAUCAUCCAGAAUUUCACCGAUCGGCUCAUUGGCAUUCGCGAGCUGCUGUUCAACACGCUCUUUCGGCCCAUUGCCGUGCUGUCAAAGAGUGAGUGGAAACCUGCACGCAGCAAUAAGUGCGCGAUUUGUAUUUGCUCGUUCUCCAUCGUAAAGUCCAAGCAUCACUGUCGGUCCUGUGGUGAAGCUGUUUGUGGACAAUGUAGCCGAAAAUGGACACUACAGCCUGGUGCUCAGCCUGAGGCCCACGCUCGACUAUGCACGAGUUGUUCGUUGCAGGCAAGAAGCUACCUCACGCCGAAUGGCGAACCCAGUCGAUCACCAGCAGGGGCUUCCUCUCGUUUUUCGUCGGUAUUGAGCAAUCUUCAGCUCGCUGGGAGUCGCUCGAACGUGCGUCAAACGGCCAGUGUCAACAAAUGUGACGUGCAAGUUGCAAGCACCAUAUCAACCGAUCCUGAUGUUUUUGCAGCCGCUACAUCAGCGUUUGCAAAGCUUGUGGCUGCUUUGGGUGAUCAGAAUCCCCAUUUCAUGUUGGUGUCGUAUUCGCAUCACCAUAAUGGUGCCGCGGUGUAUGAAGCACUCGCACGUGCCGCUCCAGAUACCCUUUUCAUGGGCGGUACAUCCAGUGGUGGUGUGUAUGUAGGCGCUUCCUCGCCAGCGAUGGGCUUGGGUCAGGGAAGCAACACAAAUGGCAACUCAUGGCACCGACAGCACCAACGCUCAGAGACUCAUGGAACCGUGGGUUUAUGGGGUAUCUACGAUCCGGAAGGGUCGUAUGCAAUUUUGAAUGCCGAUUUGAGCCGCGAGAGCCCACGCGACGCUGCAAGGAGAUGCUUGAUAGAUGGCAUGGCUAUGCUGGCAAUGGAACCUGAGGAUAGCCCGGAUUUCGUAUGGGCCGUGCUGGGAGGCGAAGAUACGUCCGAUUUGGUGACUGACCAACGGGACGGAGAAGAAGAGCAGAUAACGCGGGCUGUGAAUGAAAUCGUCGACUGCUCCUACUCUGUAGUGGGCGGUAGCUCGUCCCGACAUGCUGCCAAUAGCCGUGAACAUGCUACCCAGGUGUGCUCGGAAGGGGGCAGUACAGGAUGCGUGACAAAACAUGGCGUGUGUUUUGCAAUUUGCUGCCCUAGUGUAGAAGUCGCGCACGCGUUAUUCACGUGCUACGAUGCUACAGAGAAGACAUUUGUCGUGACGAAAGCAAGUGGCCGCGAACUGUUUGCACUCGACCACAAACCCGCACUGGAAGCCAUUAACGAGGCAACGCACGGCAUGUUGACGGAGAUGACACAGCGACCGGAAAAGUUUAAUUUGGAGUCGAGUCUGCUUCCAGCUUACUAUCCGGUUGCACGUGAGCGACGCGGCGCCGUACCCCGCGGCUUCAAAAGGAGCAGUUCACGCUACCAAAUUUUGCAACCAGAGACGUCUGCGCGGGAUCUAUCUCUGCACAUGGGUGCCGAGGUGUGUCUUGGUGAGCGGCUGCAUAUGAUGUCUCUCUCGCCACACGGCAUAGCUUCCAAAGCUCGCCGUGGAUUACGUGAUGCUGUUCGGAUGUCGAUCCCGACAAUGGACCUCGACGAUGUCAUAGGGUGUUUUCUGAGCGUUGGCAUGAGCUAUGACCGUGUGAUGCAGGGUGACCUGAAAGCCGUGGCUGACGCAACGGGAAGUGCCUUCCCUCAUGGAGCAUCGCUUUUGUCAGUCUCUCAUGGACAACAGGGCGUCAUGGCUGGCGGCAACGAGGCUGUUCACGCUAAUUGUAUGAUGACAGCUUUGAUCGUCACGAACCGCAAGAAGUCACAGAAGCUCCGGCCGCUCAACGUUCGAAGGAGAGUUUCAUGA